CCUCCCCUACUCAUGCUCUCCCUCUCUCUCUUUCUCUCUCUCUCUCUCUCUCUCAAAAAAUAAAUAAACCUUAAAGAAAUUGUCAUAUUUUUAUAAAUUUGUGUAGAACAAUAGUAAACGCCUCUGGUACUUAAUAACAAAAUGAUAGAACUUAUAUUGUUAAAAUUGUUUUGUAUUUAUUCAACUAUUUCUCUGUUUUGAAUUAGCCUUACACUAUAAUAAUGAACAUUUUUUGAUUCCUUACUAUGUGCAAGGCUCUGUUUCAAGAGAUUCACAAAUACUGAAUAUUAUCCCAGUUAGAUUUCCCAAUAAACCAAUGACAUAGGCUCCAUAAUAAUCUCCAUUCUACAUGAGAGGAAACUAGUCACAAUGGGUUUAAAAAAAAUGAGGAACACAUAUCAGGAACCACAUAUAAAUUUGUUUGUAGGGGAUCAUUUGGUGUUCAAAACUUCACUACCACCCCCCAAAAAUAUUGAAAUGCAAAGAAAAGAUGAACCCUGGGGUUUAACAGUAGGGAGUCCAAUCCCUCUAGAUCUUCAACACAUUGUUUAGGAUUUGCUCCAUCCCAAAACACAUCCAGGCAAGGGGGAUGGUAUUCACCAUGGAGGGGGAAUGACAUUCCUUGGGAUCUGUUCCUAGGAAGAAAAUAUAUAAAACAAUCAAGCCUUAUGACUCAGCCAGUUGCUCAAAAUGAGAAUCUCUCUCCUUAUGUUGUCUUCAGUGAAUCUUACACCGUAAAGAAUCAUGUGCUUUACCGCCAACUUCUGUCUGGUGAGUGACAAUUCCUGCUUAUUGGUUCCUUUUUCAGAAUCUGACCACAGCCAGGCAAUACAGAAGGCUGCCCAGGCUCAUCAUCUCUAAUAUUUUAAUAUAGCAUAUGCUAUAUUAAUAUAUUUUAGGAGUGAGGCUUAUUGAGUGAGAGCUGCUCUGACUGCAAGCCUCUCAGCCCCUGUCCUCUCCCAGGUUCCAGGAUGGUGGUCCUGAGGAUCACUGGGGCCCCAGGGAUGGCAACUUGAUGUCCUUGGUGAUGCUGAGCUCCCCUUUGGUUCAGAGCAGAAACACCCCAGCGCUUCAGGAGAAGGCGGUCUUCCCAGCAGAUGUUGCAGACCAGUGAGAAAUCAAAGGGCACCGUGAGGAGAUGUCAUUUCACUCUCCUGCUCUCGUCAGCCCACGUGCUCUGAAACUCUUGAGACAGUGAGGCCCAGCAACGAGAUGAUGAAAGUUGAAGGAGAAUCUGGCCACUCCCAGAGGCUAUAGAAGGCUGUCCAAGCUCUCUGAUAUCCCAUUGAGUGAGAACUGCUCUGACUGCAAAUAUCUCAGCCCCCAUCCUUUCUCCCAGGCUCCAGGAUGGUGGUCCUGAGGGUCCCUGGGGCCCCGGGGAUGGCAGCUCUCAUGAUGUCCUUGAUGACACUGAGCUCCCCUUUGGUUCAGAGCAGAGACACCCCAGAGCUUUACCUCUACCAGAAGUGGAGUGUCUGCUACGAGUUGAACGGGACACACCGCUUCCUGGAACAAUACGUGUACAACAGAGAGCUGUUCGUCCAGUUCGACAGUGACAGCGCCGCGGGGGUGUUUGUGGCGGAGUCUGAGCUGGGCCGCGAAACUGCCAAGAACUGGAACAUCCAGAAGGUGUUCCUGGAGCUGAGACGGAGGGCCGUGGACACGGUGUGCAAGCACAACUUCGAGCUGGACGAGGGUUUCACGCUGCAGCACAGAGUCCAGCCUAACGUGAACGUCUCCCCCUCCAAGAAGGGGCACCUGCAGCACCACAACCUGCUUGUUUGCCAUGUGUCAGAUUUCUAUCCCGGCCACAUUCAAGUCCGCUGGUUCCUGAAUGGACAGGAGGAAACAGCUGGGGUUUUAUCCACUAACCCGAUCCAUAAUGGAGACUGGACCUUCCAGAUGCUGGUGAUGCUGGAAAUGACCCCCCAGCAGGGAGAUGUCUACACCUGCUGGGUGGAGCACCCCAGCCUGGACAGUCCUGUCACCGUGGAGUGGAAGGCGCAGUCUGAUGCUGCCCGGAGCAAGAUGCUGGCUGGAGUCGGAGGCUUCGUGCUAGGGCUCGUGGCCCUCGGAGUGAGCCUCCUUCUCCGUUUUAGAAGCCGCUGAGGACUCCGGAACUGAUCUCAACUAUCACACGUAGCCUUGGAACAAGUGAUUCUGAUACUCCUGUUGUCCAGCAAUCCCCCACCUCCAAAAAGGAUAUUAUGGCUAAAUUGUGCCCCUGACACCAGUUUCUGAGUGUCUGCAUUUUAAUUCAAUGUGCUUACUCUUUCUCAAGUUCUUCCAGUCUAUUGAGGGACCUUUCCUGAGGAACAUAAACCAUCUAAAUCGAA